GUUUACGGUAUCGCGAUUUUCUGUGGGAGAGGAGGAGAAAGCUUUCAGGUGACAGUAGAGGUCUGAAACUAGCGGCUGUGUUUGUUUAGUUAAAGCGAGACUGUUGGGCACUUGGAUUAGUAGGCGAAGUUUGAACUUCCUCCAAGUUUAUUUAAUCCCCAUACGGCUCUACCGGGACGAAAACUAGCUAAUUGGGAAUGUACGGCGGAAUUUUGCAGAACAGCCAAUCACGACGUCCGUAGUGUCACGUGAGAACUAUUUUUCUUUUGGGUCACGUGAAAGGUAGGAGCUGACCAUGGCAGAUGCAGAGGGCGCCAAGCGUUUGACAGGACUGCUGAAUGGCAUCGCUCAGAGUAGUUACUAUGGCAACGCAGACAUCACCGAGGAGUUGUUGAAGAGUGAGCUGUACCCUAAUUUACCGGCAGACCAGUUCAGGGCCUUGCUGGAGAAAAUGAGAGGUCUUCUUAAGUCUAUUGUCUCUGCAGAUAUGGAUAUAAACCAGAUUGAUGCCUUUCUGACUGCCCAGGCUAAAAAGCAAGGAGGCAUCACAACAGAACAGGCUGCGGUUAUAGCUAAAUUCUGGAAAAACCACAAGAGGAAAAUACGUGAGAGCGUGGUCAGUCAGAGCAGGUUGGAAAACAAUCUAAAGAGCAUGAAUUGGAGAAUCGACCUCAAGUCACAGUCCAGGCACACGGAUCAGGAAAACAGCCCUGUUGCCAUAGUGGAAAUGGAGAUCGGAAAGAAUGACAAGGAAAGUGAAUUUGUGUAUUUGGAAUUCAAUGAAGCAAAGAUAAACCGGAUGCUGAAGCAACUGGCAGAGGUGGAGGACUCCAUAAGCGCAUUGACCCAGAGCUGAUCCAGACUCGGCCUCAGGCAAUAUCCGAUAUCUUUAUUUCUGGCAAUAAGACUAACAGAUUUUUCUUUAUAAAUGUACUUCAUCCCAUCCAAGUGCCUGCAUUUUACACAUAUCCAUGAGUAUCUUCAUAUAUUUAAGAUCAAUGUCUACCAUUUUCAAUAAAACGUUGUUUCUCAUGCA